UCCAUAGACAUUAGACAAUGCUGGGUUUACGAAAAACAAAUUCCAAGUCUUGUUUGCUACGCCUUCAAAGGCUUGUUGCACUUUUGAAUCCCAUAAUUUCUUAUAAUUUGGCUUUUUCUUCUUCAAAUUAUUGUACCCAUGAUAGUCGCAUAGGUGUUCAUAAAACGGUGAACAGAACUCAACUCUUGAAUUCUAUUAGGAACCUCAAAAACGUUGAUUCUGCUUUCAAUUUGUUUCGCAAAAUGGUUUCAAUGAAUCCUUUACCAUCUGAGAAGGACUUCAACUUGCUGUUUGGUUUCAUUGUGAGGAUGAAGGAUUACACAACUGCAAUUUCUUUGAUUAAGCACAUGUGCUCAUUAGGUGUUUGUGUUAAUGUCUGUACUCUCAAUAUUGUUAUCAAUUGUCUAUGCCGUUUGGAGAACACGGCAUUUGGUUUCUCUGUGAUGGGGAUGAUGUUCAAAAUUGGUUUGGAGCCUACAAUGGUGACACUUAACACCAUUGUUAAUGGACUUUGUGUUGAAGGGAAUGUGGAUAGUGCUAUAUGGUUGGUCGAGCACAUGGAAAACAUUGGUUAUCAACCCAAUGGUGUCACCUUUGGAGCAAUUAUUAAUGGUUUGUGUAAGAUUGGAGACACAAAUGCUGCAGUUGAGUGGUUGAAGAAGAUGAAUGAAAGGGAUUGCAAGCCGAAUGUUGUUGUUUACAACACAAUUUUGGAUGGUCUAUGCAAGGAUAGGUUGCUAUCUCAUGCUUUGAGAUUGUUCUCUGAAAUGACCAACAAUGGUAUUCGGCCUACCGUUAUCACUUAUAAUUGCUUGAUUCAUGGCUUGUGUAACUUCGGUAGAUGGAAAGAGGCUGCUUCUUUACUGAAUGAGAUGAUGCAGGGGGGAAUUAUGCCGGAUGUGCACACUUUUACAAUCUUGGUGGAUGCUUUCUGCAAGGAGGGCAUGAUUUUGGGGGCGAAAAGUGUGCUAAGUUUCAUGCUGCAGAUGGGAGAGGAGCCUAAUGUUGUUACCUAUAACUCUUUGAUUGAUGGAUAUUGUUUGCAAAGUCAAAUGGAGGAGGCUAUCAAAUUAUUUGAUUUGAUGAUUCAUAAGAACUGCUUGCCAACCAUUGUGACUUAUAACUCUUUAAUCCAUGGAUGGUGCAAAGUUAAAGACAUCGAUAAGGCCAUGUGUCUCUUAGGAGAAAUGGUUAACAAAGGAUUACAUCCAGGUGUUGUAACUUGGACCACUCUUAUAGGUGGGUUUUGCAAAGCAGGUAAACCACUAGCUGCAAAGGAAUUGUUUCUUGCAAUGAACAAACAUGGACAAGUUCCCAAUCUCCAGACCUGUGCUGUUAUAUUGGAUGGCCUAUUCAAUUGUCAUUUCCAUUCUGAAGCAUUUUUGUUGUUUAAGGCAAUGGAGCACAGUAAUCUGGAUCUUGAUAUUGCAAUUUACAAUAUCAUGCUUGACGGAUUGUGCAAAGGUGGAAAAUUCAAUGAUGCACAGAAGCUUCUUUCUUGUGUUCUAGCUAAAGGGAUGAAAAUUGAUGCGUAUACUUAUAACAUAAUGAUUAGAGGUCUAUGCAAAGAAGGAUUGUUGGAUGAUGCUGAAGACUUGCUCAUGAAAAUGGAAGAGAAUGGUUGCCCACCUAAUAGAUGUUCUUAUAAUGUAUUUGUCCAAGGGUUGCUGCAAAGAUAUGACAUUUCAAGGUCAAGAAAAUACCUUCAAAGAAUGAAAAACAAGGGCUUUCCCUUAGAUGCUACCACUGUAGAAUUGCUUAUCUGCGCCUUCUCAGCUAAUAAAGGAGACAAUGCAUUGCAAGAGUUGCUGCAGAACUGAAGAUUGUAUUUAAUCUCUCUUUUCAUUGUUU